ACAAGCUUAGACUACAGUAGGCUUCAGGAACUAAGGCACUUUGCAAGUAGAAACAGUUCGAGGAGAGAAGAAUCCAAAACAUCCUUUAUUCAGCUUUUCACCCCCUGUAAACACGAAUGUCCCGUGUGCAUGAAAACUGUGUAUCUAGCUGAACAGCUGGAAUGCGAUGGUAAACUCUACCACAAACCGUGUUUCAAAUGCAAGAAGUGCAAUAUGCAUCUGAGGUUGGAAUCAUACAGUGCAGCUUCGGAUGGAAUCUACUGCAAAGUACACUACAAGUUGCUUAAUCGAGAUUGGUGUUUCAUGCAUAUUAAAAUGCUAAUUUUAACUGAAAGCAGUUUGUAUAACGAAUAA